GUUGUGGUGACUGUGGGAAAAUAUUCAGUGUUAAGAGGAACCUGCUGAUGCGUGUUAAAAGCAUCCACAAAGGAAGAAAACUAUGACUAAUGGAGUGGAACACUAGCCAAUAAGGAAGUCGCAAGUUCGACGUGAUUGUGUUCAAGUGCUUUUUGAAGUCAGAAUAACUCUUCAACCAUUAAGAUUUUAGCUAGUUAGAUAAGCUAGCUAAUGUUGCUAAUAAUACAUUUAGCUAGCUUGCUUAAAGGUGCAGUCCGGGAUCUUAAGCAUGUACAAAUUCGUAACACAUUGUACAAAUUACAAAAAAAAAAAAAGUUUUUUAUUAUACAAAAUGGAUGACGUAGUACACAAUUGUGAACCAUUUUCGGGGACCCAUUUUGGCUCGUGAGCACUACUUUCAAAACUACUGGCUGAAAUCAUACAAAAGAUCUGAGCAUAACUUUAACAUUGAUUGUAUUGUUGAAAUAGCUAUAUUAUCCACAUUGAUAAGUUUGUAAUUGUCAACUGAUUUGUCGUCAACUUUUGGUUGAAAGGGUGAGAAGUCAGUGGUGAAGCAACUCCGCAAUGGCUAACAACAUCUUCUCAGUUUCCCACUUUUAAUUACGACUUGGAGGGAGGGUUAUUCAGGGGAAGAUUCCCAGCUGGAACGCCAAACCUCCAACAGCACGAAGGCCCAAUUUGACCUUGGAAUGGAAAAGAAUUGGGCUGCCCAUGUAAAUAAACACAGCCUAGGUCUGUUGAUGUUUUCAUCUCAUUUUUCAACAGGAAUUCCUGAUUUGUUUGUUUUGGAAUGUCUCUCAGGGUGAGGAGAGAAUGGUCAGACUGAUGUUAUUGAUAUAUUAAAACAUGUUUAUAAUUUCCAGAAAAUAUUUCCUUCCAUUUGUCCAAGAGUAUUUCUCAUCAGAUUUCACCUAAUGAUGCUUAUACAUGAUAUUGUUCAGUCGACUCCUGAUGAAGAAUUUAUUCUCCCAGAUCAUCCUAUACUUAUGAUAACCGCUGUUUGUCUACUUGUAGUUAUCGUUUCCCUUUACUACUUGUCUGUAGGUUGCCUUGUAUAGUGUUAAACUCCCAUCCAGCUGGCGACGCUGUUGUGUGUUUCUGGGCUCCCCAUCCACUAAAACCAAGGAUUUUAUUAAACGCCUGGGCUAGAACACGGAAGCAGGAGUUUGUUUUGAUUUUGCAUUCCUUGUGUGGAGUAAAUAAAGAAAGACAUACUGACUAAACUAAAUAGGCUACCCAAGUCUCAUUCGACUGAAAAUGUCUAAACUACAGUCGUUGCGUGUGUUUUUAAAUCAUCGUUUAACGGCGGCUGAUGUGGAGAUUUUCGGGGCAGUUGAGAAAACUGUAGUGGAGAACCAGGCGGAGAAUGAUCGGCUACGGAGACUACUGCGGAUCUCACCGAAGAUGCAAUUAUGUAGAAUAGACUCCCUGCAGCUCUCUGUGUCUGAAGAGGGGGUUCCCCCUGAGCAGCAGCACAGUGAGCAGAAGUGGAGCCCCAAUCUGGGGCAGGAGGAACCAGAGCCCACACAGAUUAAAGAGGAGCAGGAGGAACUCGGGACCAGUCAGGAGGAAGAGCAGCUUCAAGGGCUCUUUGAUACCAAAGACUCUAUAUUCAAUCCUCCUGUGAAAAGUGAACGUGAUCAGAAAGACCCAUGUCAAGAAGCCAUACUAGCUGAAUAUCCAACUCUCAGUCCACUGAAAACGUCUAAACUACAAUUGUUUCGUGUGUUUUUAAAUGAGCGUUUAACUGCGGCUGCUGUGGAGAUUUUCGUGGCAGUUGAGAAAACGGUAGUGGAGUACCAGGAGGAGAAUGAUCGGCUACGGAGACUGCUGCGGAUCUCACCGGAGAUACAACUAUGUAAAAUAGACUCCCUGCAGCUCUCUCUCUCUGUCUCUGAAGAGGAGGUUCCCCCUGAGCAGCAGCACUGUGAGCAGGAGUGGAGCCCCAGUCUGGGGCAGGAGGACCCAGAGCCCACACAGAUUAAAGAGGAACAGGAGGAACUCAGGACCAGUCAGGAGGAAGAGCAGCUUCAAGGGCUGGAGGCUGAUAUCAUAGAGUUCAUAUUCACUCCUUCCUGUGUGAAAAGUGAAUGUGAUCAGGAGGACUCACUUUGGUCCUUGACUCUUCCCCAAACCCAGACUGUGGAGAACAGAGAGAGUGACUCUAAACCAGUGGAUCUCAAACCUUUUGGCACUGUGACCCAGCUAAAGGGUUUCUACAUUCCCUGUGACCCUCCAGAUAAUCAGAACAAUGCCUCCAGCCACAGCUCAGCCGUAAGCAGCGACCCAGUAGGACUUGACAGUAGGCCACCAUUGGAUCAGAACCCAUUAUUUGAGAAACACUGUUCCAAACCCAGCACCACAUCUAGAAAAACUCACAGCUGCCAUGACCGUGGUGAAACGUUUGCUCUGAAAUCUGACCUGCAGAGACAUGUGACUCUCACCAAGAAGAGACCCGGCGAAUGCCGCUUUUGCAAAAAACGCUACAACUCCACCUGUAAACUGAAGGCCCAUGUCCAACUCUGUCACGGUGGGAAACCCUGCACCUGCCCUGUUUGUGGCAAGACCUUCAAAUACAAAGGAGUUCUGCCCAAGCACUUGAGGAUUCACACAGGCGAGAAAUCUUUAAGCUGUGGCGACUGUGGGAAAAUCUUCAGUCACAAGGGGGCCCUAAACGUGCAUAAACUGACUCACACUGGAGAAAAACCAUUUAGCUGUGAUGAUUGUGGGAAAAGCUUCAGUCUAAAGAAUAACCUAAUCAGGCAUAAAGUGAUUCACACAGGAGAGAAACGAUUUAGCUGUGGUGACUGUGGGAAAAGCUUCAGUCAGAAAGGGGACCUAGGGAGGCACAUACUGACUCACACAGGAGAGAAACUAUUUAGCUGUGGUGACUGUGGGAAAAGCUUCAGUCAGAAAGGGGACCUAGGGAGGCACAAACGGACUCACACAGGAGAGAAACCAUUUAGCUGUGGUGACUGUGGGAAAAGUUUCAGUCGAAACCAGACUCUAACCGAUCAUAAACUGACUCACACAGGAGAGAAACAACAUGGCUGCUCAGUCUGUGGUAAAUGUUUCGCUCAGAAGACUAAUCUUCUGAGGCAUGUGGCUAAAGUCCACAAAGGAAGAAAACAAAAAGAGAAAAGAAUAUGAGGACGGUGACAUCAGAAUGUGGAAACCAUAGCAACUCCGGAUCAUUCAUACUGUGGGUUUCAGAUGAAUAUGAUGUGUGAUGGAUUCACUUUGGAUGGAUUCACUUUUGUAUAAAAGUUUUAUUUGAACGAUGUAAUGAUUAAACAGUACAUAGGGUUGUAGGAAGCUCACAGUUCUGCUGUUGUCUGUUGAUGUUUUCACGUUACUAGAAACAGGAAUUCCUCAGCGUUUGGUUUGUAAUUUCUCUCAUGAAGGUGAGAGAGGAAUGUCUGAUGUUAUUGAUACAUAAAAUACAA